CGUAGGUGGUAGCUGAGUCCAGAGAAACGAAAAUCUGGACUUCAGCUCCUGAACUCCCUUUGUGGCUGUAGUCAUAAACAAAACAUACUGUCAGGCUUACCUUUAAAUGAAAACCUCUCACUGUUUUGUUUGGCGUUUCUUUUUGUCGACACUACUAGAAAGCCCUGUGUGAAUACUCAAACUGCUUACUGCUCUUACCUCCCAGUAACAUUGCAAUGAGACGAGAUGUCCAAGAGGGCCAGGCUCGGUGUUUAUCUCGCCUAGGAAGGCACAAGGAGGCUCUGGAUAUUGCAGAAAAAAUGAGAAACGGCGCUACUAACACAGAUCACUUAACAACGGUUCUCAACCUGCAGUUUGCCAUUUACCAGGGUCUAGAAAAUGUAGAAAAAAAGAUCACGUGUCUGCAGCAACUGAUCUGCUUACAUCCUUUCAGCCCUUGGUACUGGAAGUUACUUGCUGAAGCUUAUAUGAGCCUUUUACAAAAUUUGUCUCCGUUAGUCAUUCCAGCAACAAAUCUAAAUCAGUCUGAAGAGGUUAGUGUAAGCGAUAGUAGUUUCAAAACAUCAACUGGAAGAGAGAUUAAUUUGCAGCCUCACAGAUCAGACGGCCAGGAAGAAGGCCCUUGGUCCAGCCUUGCUAUAGAAACAAAGAGGGAGAAUGCAGUGACUUGUAGGAGCAGCCAAGCUGUAAAAGAAUUCCUCUGCACUUCUGAAGAACCGGGAAGGAUGGACGAAGGGAAACACGCAGCCUCCGAGUCCUGGGAGCAGAACACGUUGAAGAAAGUUGGAAUAAAGGCAUGUGCCUCGUUUAUUAGAGCAAGGCUUUUACUUCAGCUUACCCAGUUGCAACAGUCAUCCUUUGUGCUAGAGAGUAACAUAAAAGGUCAAAAAGAAAUUGAUGACAAAGUGGCACGACUUGGUUUCAAUGGAAACUCCUUGCUGUUGAUGACCAAGAAUGCAACAGACAGACAACUUGAUCAUGACUUCGAAAGUUCUCCUGGACAGCGUGUGGUUCAUGUGUCAAAGGCUUUUCUUGUUAUGGGGCAGGACCUUAUACCAGAAAAACUAAAAGAGGAAUUUCAGGGUGAGGUAAAAUGCAUAGGCCCUUCAGCUCUGUCGUCAUUGGUAACUGCAUCAGCCACAGAAUUUGAAAUCAAAUGGUUUGGUAAUCUCCAAGAUGAUUUAUGACUCUUUGACAGACAAUUCUAUUCAGAUAUAUAUCUCCCACCUUUGGUAACUUAAAGGUUUUGUUGUAUUUAUUCUCAUAUCUUCAAAAGAUUAUGGAAUGAUAUAUGCAAUAAAGUUCAUAUUACAUUUUUUAAGAAUUCUUAUUGUAUAUCUUUUAAGAAUAUAUAUAAAUCUCUGCAUUU